AUGAAAAAGUUUAAUCAAACCUUUUCUUCUGUAAAAGAUUUAAUUGGGAAUAAAAAAGAAACUUUAACAGAAUUUCCAGAUUACAUUUAUAAAACAAAAUCAUUAGAAGAUUUAAAAGGAUAUACACGUACAUUAAAUUUAAAAUUAACGAAACAUUCAAAAACAAAUCAAUUAUUAAUUGAGGAAAAUAAACAGUUAUCAGAACAAAUUUUAUUGUAUAGUAAUUUAUUUAUAAAUAAUGAAGAAUCAUCAUUAAAUGUAUGUGAACCAUUAUCAAAUGUUUUUAAAAUUGUUGGAGAAAUGAUUAAUGAAAUUGAAAAUUAUAGACAAACAUUUGAACAAUCGAUAAGUCAAAAAUGGUUGCAACAAUUGAACGAAUAUGGUAAAUCAGAUUGCAAGGAUGGUCAAUUGGCAAAGAAUAGAUUCGACAAAGCUAGACUAUCAUUUGACGAAGCAUCUGAACAAUUUAAACAAUUAAGAAAGAAACAAAAUAAUAUAAAUAAUGAGAAACUUUUAGAAGCUGAAGAGGAUCUAGAUUAUGCAACUCAGCAAUUCUCUGAUAUCGCCUCUGAAUCAUUACAAACUAUGGAUGAUAUAAUAGUUAAGCAUAACCUCGACUCGUUCGAAUCUGCAAGUUCAACCAUUCAAUCCUAUAAAGAUUUCUUUCAAAAAGGUCUAGACCAUUGUCUAUCGGUUCAAUCUGAUCUCGAAAUUCAAAAACAUGCAAUGUCAAAAUAUAAACAACAAUUAUUAGAAAAAAAGAAACUAAGAUCAACAGUGGUCCAAUUUGAACAAACAAAUAGCUCAAGAACUAUAUCACUACCACCACCACCACCACCAAAACCAACUUCAUCAACACCAUCAUCAUCACCAUCACCAUCACCAUCAUCAUCAAUAAUUAAUAUUCAUAAUAAUUAUAUUGCAAUGCCAAAAGGUAAUACUAAAGUAUUUGGUAUGGCAUUGUCGACUAUUACAGAGAGGGAAAAGAGUGAUAUACCAAUGAUAAUUGAUAAGAGUAUACAGUUUCUAUUGUUAGAGGAGAAUAUCACUCAAGAGGGUAUCUUUAGGGUAUCACCAAACCAAAAACAAUUGACAGAUUUAAAGAAUAAUGUUAAUGCAGGUUAUAUUACAACAUUGGAUGGUAUUGAUGAUGCACAUUUGAUAUCAUCAUUUGUAAAGGCAUUCCUUAGAGAGAUGCCAAUACCUUUGUUUACAUUCGACCUGUACCAUUCAUUAGUGGAUUGUGUAAUCAAUGAAGAGAAAUAUGAUUGUGAUAAAAUUAAGAUUUCAAAUGCUAUAGUUUUAGUUUUACAAAAAUUACCAAAACCAAAUUUCUUACUUGCAAAAUCAUUAAUUUCAUUACUUUGGAAAAUCUCUACAAAAUCUUCACAAAAUAAAAUGACAACUUCAAAUUUAGCCGUUACUGUCGCUCCAAAUGUAUUAUAUCCAAAACUUUUAGAUAUUAGAUCUUUAACAAAUGCAAAUGCAACAAUUGAAUUUAUAAUUUCAAAUUUUAAUAAUAUUUUUAAUAAUCAAUUAAUUUCAAAUUUAUAUAAUAAUAGUUGUGGUGUUAGUGGUGGUAGUAGUGGUGGUGGUGGUGGUGGUGGUAGUAGUGGAGGUGUAGCAAACCCUAGACAUAGUGUUUUACCCCCUUCCUUACCAGCUAGACCACAAUCUGUAAUGUUUAAAAAUACACCAUUAUCUGUAAACACCUCAUCAUCACAAUCAUCAUCAUCAUCAUCAUCAUCAUCAUUUGCUAGUAGUGCAUCUCCACCACCUACACCAACUAAACCACCAUCAUCAUCAUCAUCACCAAUAAUUACAACAACUUCACCAAAUUCAAAUACAAAUAUAAAUUCAAAUACAAGUGUAAAUACAAAUAUAAAUCCUAGACAUAGUGUUUUACCACCAUCUCUCCCACCAAAGAAAAUAUCAUCCUCUUCAAAUUCUUUACCAUCACCACCACCACCAUCAUCCCCAUCUAUACCUGAAAAAUCUCAAAAUAAUAUAACCCCAACAAUUUUAUCAUCUUCUCUAUCAGCACCAACAUCUCCAACAACAACUACAACAACAAAUCCAUUGAGAUCUUCUACAGGUUCACCAAAACCAAUAUCAAAUAGAGUUUCAAUGUAUCUUCAAAAUAGUAAUACAGGGGUUCCUCUACCAUCUCAAAAACCUCAAAGAGUAAUUAGUAAUAACAAUACCACCACUAAUUCAAGACCACUUUCAAAUAGUUUAGAUUUACCACCACCAUUGGCACCAGUGGGAAUGCCAUUAGAAACUUUAGAGCCAAUUCAAAGAAAUUUAACUUCAAACGAAGCCAUAACCAUCUCUGAGGUUAACUGGAAUUAA